AUUUCUUCAUUUCCUUGAAACCAAGUAAUAUUUGUCAAAUUGACACAAUGGUUGCUUUCAACAAUGGCUCAAUCCUCUUAUUGAUGAUAGCAUUGUUGUCCAUAUCAAGCAUCACCACAAGUCAUGCUGCUCGUAGCCUACUUCAACUUCCCAACUUGCCUACAAUCCCCUCAUUGCCUCAGCCAACAGUGCCACAAUUCCCUGCUAUUCCAAACAUUCCAACAGCAGCCACAUUGCCACCAUUGCCAAGUGUUGCAUCGUUGCCAACGCUUCCAACAGCUUCUCCAUUGCCUACAUUGCCCUCUGUUCCGAAGAUGACUCUGCCUCCAUUGCCCGCUAAUAUUCCUCUGCCCAACAUGCCAUCAUUUCCAAACAUUCCUACGCUUUCACCUCCUCCAUCCAACUGAUCUCGCGGCUUCCAACAUUUUACCUGUCUUGCCCAUAUGGUCUUUACCGUUUGAUGUUUAGCUCUUUCGUUGUCUCAAUCUUUUUGAUUCGUAUCGAUGUAUCCUAUCGUUUGUACCGUCUUGAGUGCUCUGUAUUGAUUGUCCAGAUAAACUUUGUAUUAGUUAAGGUGAUGCAAUAUUCUAUUUUUGAUUUA